AUGCAUAUUGAUAAACGAUCCUCCUUGGCAUAUUGGAACCAGCAUUUGUUGUUCUUCAUCUUCCUCGUCGGUAAAUCCCUCAGAAAAUUCAUCAUCUUGGAAACCCUAGAAAUUUUAUACUCCAUUAGACUCAUUGUAAUAGCAGUAAGCGUAAGAAGUACGAGUAAGAGAUAUCUCGACCAAUGGCGUGAUGAUGGAGGCACCAAGCAAGAGAUAUCAGGAGCUUUAACAAUCGGUACCCCCCUCUCUCCCCCUGAUCACUCUCUUGUGUCUCAAUCCCAAAACGAAGAAACUCUCAUCCUUUCUUCUUCUUCUUCCCCUGUUUUUCUCAUCUUCCUCGACAAGGAAACUCAAUCCCUACACUUCUCCUCUUCUUCUUCUUCUUUUCCUCUCUCUCUGAUCUUUGUAUAUUGCUGCAUCGACAUCAAUGUUGAAUGGAAGAAACGAUCCUCCUUGGCAUAUUGGAACCAGCAUUUGUUGUUCUUCAUCUUCCUCGUCGCUCUGAAGUCCAAUGCCAGUGGUUGCUGUGUGUUGUUCCUGUUUCAGUUUCUCCCACAUUUGUUGAUGAGUAAUAGGAAAAAAAACAAGUUACAUGGAGGUGAAGAAUUAGAAAUUACAGGAACAAUUUAAUGUUGAAGCUUCGAGUUCUUCUAAUUCUGGUUCAACUUGUGGGAAGCCUAUUUUUCAAGGGGUUUCUAUUUUUGUUGAUGGAUUUACUAUGCCAUCUAGUCAGGU